CAUGUACGUUGACGUGACUAAUCGCGCACUGUGCAGCGCAUCGGUGUGGAUAGAUGUCCAACCCGCUGCAAGCCCCACUCACUGGCAGGUGGCGAUUCCAACCGCUCCUUCCAGUGUAUAACUUAACAGACAGCGGCCGAUUUGCUUGGCCGCGCAGGAUAUACAAAAUAAGACGCUGGGCAGUAAUAUUGCGGUAGUUUAGCUUCGAGGCGCCGUCUCCGCAACGUUACAAUCUCGUAAUCCCUCGUAGUACUAUCCAGAUGCAAGCACCUGUCAAGAUAUAUAUGACCACUUUAACAAGCGUGGACGCCGACUCUGAGCGUGUGGGCGGAUCACCCCUCAGUGCCGUUCAAGAGCGUACGACGCUACAUUUUAUGAUAUUGUUUAGCUUCAGCAGAAAGCUGCUCACUCCACCCUGGGUCGACCUCAAGAGGAGGGUUCCGUAGCCGACAGAAACUUGUGGGGUCUCGUAGACCCUAAGCAGAAAUGUACCCUGGUUGUCGGGUUGGUUGUCCCACGUCUCUCCGAUCGCGACGCGGUCGGGCCUCGGCACAGCACACAUUCGGAGACACCGCGUGCGAAGACAAGCCUCGUCGCAUCGGAGGACCCUGCAGGAAAAAUGGAUAGAGAUGAGCGCAGGUACCUUGUAUAAAACGGUGGAAGGGCCGGGGUGCAUUUCCUCAGACCCAGAACCACCUC